AGCUAUUUAUGGUUGAUAUACUCUGAGUCUCUGGCCCUCUCUUAGAGCCAGGCAUAGUGAGCUGGCCCUCGGAAGAAAAAGUUUGGGGACCACUGCUUUAGACUUUAGUAUAGUUCUUAGUCUGCAACUAUGCACAGAUACAUUACAUUGUAAUGAAACCAUGAUCAGACUGUUGCCCACAUUGCAAGUAUUAAUACAAGACCAAACAUGGAUGUAUUAUUUUAACAACAUACAUUUACAGAGAUUUGAUCGGUAUGUCGAAAGGAGAGGAGAGGUUGCUUGGCAGUGGGUUGGGAACCGAAGCCAAAUGGCAACACUGUAUGUAUGAGCGGGGGUGUUGGGAAUCCUGGCCAUGGCCAUCUAAGACAAUACUGUAGUGAGCAACAAGUACCCACACAGAUGUAAAUUGACUGCAAAAGGCAUUCGGUUAUGAAAAUGUCUGUGCUUUUCAAGAACGCAAAAGGUUGGCAAAACAUUGGGGCUUUCACUACCUCUUUAGUGUGUUUAGUUUGGUCCUUGGUUAAAAUAUAAUGUCUGUUGUUUUCUUUUCUAUUCAAUUGCCUGAUUUUAUAUUUUGUGUUUAUUUGGUCUUGUUUAUGCCAUUUGUGUCUGUAGUGUGGGUGUAAUGUUGCUGUUGUGUGCCCUUAUAUGAUAAUGUCCAGCUUUGUGGAGUCAUCUAUACUUUAACAUCUAUAUAGAUACAUCAACAUAUCUAUCUGUGUCUGUCUGUCUGUUCCAUGUGUUUUGUUACUGCUUGUUACUGCAAUAAAGAUUGAUUGCUGCAUCAACUACACUCUAGAAAUAUCUAUAGAAAUAGGAGGAAAAUUUCCAUAUUUUUGUUUUACAUAUUUGUGGUUUAUGCAUUGCACUGUGGACGUAAGUGUCCUCAGAAUCAAGAUUGUGGAGCUAGAGACAGGCAGCUAUAACAACAUUUUCAAUCUUGAAUAAAAAUGUACUACUUGCUUAAGUUUCAGUAUUCACAGAUUUAAAGCUAUUUAAAUCUAAGCUAAAGUUAUUGCUUCAGCACAGAAAAAGGUCACUUUACACCACUGUUUAGAGUGUACCUUUAGAGUGUACUAAUCUUUUAAGAAUAUAAGAAUAUAUAUUUAAUAUUACAGUAUGGCAGAUAAAGGUUGAGUCAAUCAGUCUGUAGAUAUGAAAAUGCCAACUCUAAUUUAUCAAUUAUUAUUUUUUCUGCUUAUUUAAGUUUUACCCACAAGACUAGCGUAUUGUGGAUAGUCAUCUGCUUGAUGGUAAGGCAAUGUAGUAAAUUAUACAAUAACAUGACAGCAACAGUAUGUAUAGCCUUUAACACUCAGAAACCUGAAAAUUGACAUGAAAUUGCUUGUUAAAGUCACAAAGAGAAAUUUUCAACUUGACGACCACUCUAGAACUUUACCUAUGGGUCCCUUCUAAUAAUAAUAAUAAUAAUAAAAUAAAUAAUAAUAAUAAGUUGCCAGCUUGUACCCAAACAUGUCCACAAAAGUCUUAACGGAAGCCCUUUUCAGAAUUGGCCCCCUGACAACAAUACUUUAAAAUAGGUUGCUGUGUUUGUGAAUCACGUCUCAAGUGUGUGCUUGAGACGUGAUAUAGGGCAUCCAGCAGUUGUACAUGUAUGUGUGUGUUACUGUGUAUGGUUGAUAAUGAAGAUGUCCUAUGUCCAUGUGUGACUGUGUCUACAUUAUGAAUGUGACCUAUGAGUAACAGAAUGUUAGGACAGAGCAUGGUUUUGUACGCAUUUAUAAUAUCGAGUUGUUUCUGUUACAGCUAGAAAAGUAAAGAAACAUAAUUAUUGACAUGCUAAAAAAAAUAUUGUCAUGUCAGUGUGUUUGUGCAAAACAUCAUGAUCUUUUUGUGUGGAUAUUUAGUAGGAGACUUCAUACACUGCAAGGUUCAGCGAUUAGGGUUAAAAGUUUCUUUUCUUGACUACUGUUCCUGUUACCGUUUGUUCCCUCUCUUUAGCUUAAUUUAGAUUUGAGAAGUUACACUUACACCUGCUGGUUAGAUAUUUGGACCUGCGUUUUACUGGAACAGAGAAAUGCACUGUCACUCAUAGAGCAAGAGAGGGAGAGAGAACACUAUCGUAAGACACACACAAGUCAAGUGUGGCUACCUCCAAACAUGUGUGCACUGGGCUUACUGCUGCAAAGUCCUCUGCUUAUUGCUGCUAUCUUCAUCACUGGUAUUGGCGGGACCUUCCAGUAUGGCCUUCAGAUCUCAGUGUUGACCUCACCAUCUACUUUCAUUAAGGAGCUGGUGAACCGCACGUGUGCUGAGCGGUACGGACUCCCCUUGGAGCCUUGGCAACUCUCCCUCAUCUGGUCCUUCAUCGUGUCCAUCUUCUGCAUCGGUGGUCUGUUGGCCUCGCUGUGCGCUGGGCGACUGGUGAAUGCCUAUGGGAGGAAGCGAUGUCUGCUGCUGAACAACCUGGUGGCCAUCAGCGGGGCCCUGCUGAUGUUGCUCAGUAAAACGGCUGGGUCGUUUGAGAUGAUCAUGGCAGGAAGAUUCCUUUAUGGGUUUAACGCAGGCAUAAGCCUGACAACUCACACCAUGUACCUUUUGGAGUGCUCUCCCAAGAGCCUACGGGGGAUGGUGGGCGUAACCGUCACCACGUUUGUCUCCAUUGGGAAGUUCACAGGACAGCUGCUGGGCCUCAGUGAGCUACUGGGUACUGAGGACCGCUGGCCCUGGCUGCUGGGUUUUAGUGGCUUCACUGGGCUGCUGCAGCUGCUGACUCUUCCCCUACUGCCAGAGUCACCCCGAUACCUGCUGCUGGUGAAGGGAGAUCGUCAGGCUUGCGACAACGCUAUCCAGCGUCUGUGGGGUCGUGGUCAGGACCACAGCUCUGAGGUGGAUGACAUGCUGGCAGAGGGUGCCGCUCUGAAAGGGGUUCGCCUGCGGGGGGUGAAGGAUCUGCUGACCGAGCCGUCUCUACGCUGGCCACUUCUUACCAUCAUUGCCACCUCUGCCACACUGCAGCUGUGUGGCAUCAACGCUGUGUACCUGUACUCAUAUGAUGUGUUCAGUGCUGCAGGGAUACCGUCCAACCAGCUGCGGUAUGCAGCUCUCGGGACCGGCCUCUGUGAGAUUGUCACCUCCAUCAUCUGUGUGUUGCUGAUUGAAAGCACGGGGAGGAGGGUGCUGCUACUCCGCGGUUUCUUUGGAAUGACCGUCGCCCUGGGCCUCCUCACACUCACACUAUACCUGCAGACCCUCUUGUCCUGGAUGCCCUACUGCAGCAUGGUCCUGGUCUUCAUCUUCAUCUUCUUCUUCUCCAGUGGGCCAGCUGGCAUUACAGCGCCCCUUCCUGGUGAAAUCUUCACUCACUCCUACAAGGGGGCAGCGUUCACCGUAGUCACCACCAUCAACUGGACAGGCCUGUUUCUCAUAGGAAUGCUCUUUCCCCUCAUCGUGGAGCACCUACACUACUUCUGCUUCCUCAUCUUCCUCGUCUUCUGCUGUGGCACGGGGCUGUUUGUCUGGUUCCAUGUUCCUGAGACGAAGAAUCGAACCGCUCUCGAGAUCACUGCAGAGUUUCAGAGGAUGCACAGCAAAAAUAAACCAACUGUGGAGGACAAAGACCCACCCACAGCUGAGAUCAGAAACAGAAAUAAACAUCUGAAACUCAACAAAGCUGAACUUAGCAUGUCCACCAAACUCUAACACAUGAUGGUGAAAACUUAAAGACUGACUACUACAGUACACAAUAUUUAAGCAGGAUGUUAAAUGACUGUUAUUUGGUACCAUUUUAUUGGAAUACAAGGGCCAACAGUUAGGGAACCAUCAGUCCUUUUCUAAAAGUUAAGUGUAUUAUUAAAUAAAGUGUAUUAAUAUAUCAUACGAAUAUUAUAGAUUUUAAUCAAACUUCAUUGUAAUUUUAAACAAAAUAUAAGAAGGGAAAAUAACUGAUAUGCGUUUUUUUAUUUUAUUAUUAUUAUAAAUAAAGA